AUGGCACCCUCUGACCUCAAGGGCGUCCUCGUCGCCCUCAUCACCCCAUUCACUCACGGCCAAAAGUCCAUUGACACCGACGCCCUCGACGCUCACAUUCAGCGCCUCAUUGCUGCAGGUGUCCAUGGUCUCGUUCCGGGAGGCAGCACAGGCGAGUUCACCGCCCUCUCGACAGAAGAGCGCAAGAUUCUUGUAGAGCAAACCGUCAAGUCCGCUGCAGGACGCGUACCCGUCGUCGCUGGCAUCGGCGACCUUUCCACGGCCCGCGCCGUAGAGCAUGCCGUACACGCCGCCUCCGUCGGUGCUAGUGCUCUCAUGGUCGUCCCUCCUUUCUAUGACGCUCCCAACCUGCAAGAGCUCCGCGGGCUUCUCAGAGAGAUCCGCGAGGAAUCCAAGUUACCCAUCGUCUACUAUAAUAUUCCCUCCGCAAGUGGCGUCAAGCUGUCGCCAGCGGAGAUCGGUUCGCUCUCUGAAGUUGGCGUAACGCACCUGAAGGACACCUCGGGUGACGCGCCGGCCCUGACGGAAUUGCUGUUCAGCGCCGCAAGCACGUCGCGCAUCACAGCGUUCAACGGCUGGGAUACUCUGACCUUCUAUGGCCUUGCCGCCGGCGCCAAGGGCUCCGUGUGGGGCGCGACCAACAUCAUCCCCGAGCUGUCAAGCGAGCUCUGGAAGACUGUGGCGGAGAAUGGAGACCUUAAGAAGGGCAGGGAGCUGUGGAAGAAGAUUUUCCCCAUUUGCAAGUUUUUGGAGUCGCACAACUAUGCGGCCGCAGUCAAGACGGGCAUGGAACUCCGCGGCUGGAAGACUGGUGGUUUGCGGAAGCCUUUUGCUCUCCUCGAGGGAGAGGCAAGAAAGGAGUUGGCAGGCUUGUUGAAGAAUGCUGGUAUUGAUGUUGUGGCAUGA